AGUUGCAAGAGCUUGUAUUGGCGCUUUCCCGGAUAGCCUGGGCUUGGCUCAUGGCUGAGGAGAUGAAGGGGUAUAUUGUGAGAUAUCCCAAGCUUGCAAGGAACAUCGUAUUCACAUGGGAAGACCAUGACGUUGGGAUAGGUGAACGUGCAGAAAUAGCCGGGGACGACGAGCGUUACGUUGCGUGGGAACAUCUGGUCCGGCAGGUCGCACUGUCGAGGAAUCACAGUGAACGAAUCGCCGAAAACAUGGUUGACGAUCUACGCGUCAAAUUCCGUACUCUAGGGUUGAAUGAUCGGCCCCCUGAAGACACAGUCAGUGCCAAGCAUGCUGAAAUCGCUGCAUUUGAAGCACUCCGCAAAGGUCGCAUCCACGCUGAACGCAUCAUCGGCCUCUCUAACCCUUCCAGCUACGCGUGUGGCCUCGUCUUUGACGCCGUUAACGCACGGCUGAAACACUCUGAACGUUACGCAGUGACCUCUCGAAGCGGGCACGUACAACUCACUGAACCGCCAGAUGUCGAUGCUGGAAGCAUGCAAAGAGCCACGAAUAAAUUGUGCGAGACCCUGAUGAAUCAGAUCGAGAUGAAGCUGGCAGAGGAUGAUGAUGAGGACGACGAUGACGAGGACGAAGAGGGAACGGCAAGUGAAGUAGAGAGAACCAUGCAAAAGAUGGAUGCGUUGCUCAAGAAGAUGAGCGGGGAUAAGAGGAUUAAGAAAUAGACGCAGCACGAUAAGGAUAGACGAUACGGAUAUAGACAUAGAACAAGAUGAAUGACUCUACUCACACCGC